AUGACCUCUUGGGACCAUGUCCGCCCCCAGGAGCACCCUCAAGGCAUGAGGAGGCCCCCAGGAACUUUGGCUUCUCCAGAACUGAACUCCCCGGACGUCCUGGAUCAGCUCCGGCGGCAGUUUCCCAGGCUCCCCCCUCACCUGACGGCGCAGGUGGAGAGCACGUACCACGCGCUCCAGAAGAUCCGGCAGGGUCUCCAGGAACAUCACAAGCAGGCAGAAAACUUCCUGCAGACCAUGGAGACCUGGAGUCGACCCCGGGGCUUCCAGCCGGGGGAGGAGCCCUCGAGCCAGGUCUCGGGUGGGCUGGCUGACCGGCACUCCUGGGGGCCCCCCAGCCCCGAGGCUUCCCCGCACCCGGCGCUCCCGACCCCGCCGCGCUCCAGUCUCCAGGGGCCGCACUUCGAGGAUGUCGUGGCCGUGAGGUCCUCAGACUGGCUCAUGCAGCGCUCGGGGGUGGACGACGCCCCAGCCCACCAGCUGGACACGCCGGCGUCCUGGGACUCGGAGCCCCAGCUCUGGCAGGACGUCCUGACCGAGCAGCUCUGGCAGAUCUUCGCCGGGACCCACAAUAAGGGGGAGCGGCUGCAGCACACACUGACAGAGCAGGCGCCAGCCCUGGAGAGUCAGGACCUGGGACCGCGCUACUCAGGACCAGAACCACGUAUGGAAGACACUUUGGUUCUCAGCCCACCUGUGCCCUCCCUCAGCUCCCCUGAGGGCUCCCACGAGGGGAGCACAGAGCCAGGCACCGAGGCGGACGGGAUGCUCUCCCGAGUGGCCCAGGAGCCUGCUGGGAGAGCCCGCCCUUUCCUGAAGCCCAUAUGCUGGGACCCUGAGGACUUUGAGGACACGUGGAAGAGACCGGACGCUUUGCCCUGGCAAUCCAAGAAGCGGGCCAUCCCACACAGAAUGGAGAAGGUGCGGACGCUGGAACACGGGGAGCCCGUGCUGGCCACGGCUGUCAGCAGCUUCGUGCGACACGCCUUCACCUGUGGCAGGGGUGGUGUCAAAGUGUGGAGCCUGGCCAGCCAGGUGGUGGAGGACAGGUAUCCCGAGAGCCACCUGUGUGUACAGACCCGCCGGGCCUACCUGCGCACCUGCCUGCUGUCCUCGGACAGCACGACCCUGCUCGCGGGUGGCCACAACCUGGCCGGCGUGGGCGUGUGGGAUCUGACCGCGCCCUCCCUGCACGUGAGCGGUGAGCUGCCCUGCGCGGGCCUCACCUGCCAGGCCCUGGCCUCCAAGCCUGAGGACAGCCUGGCCUUGGCUGGUUUCACGGAGGGCACAGUCAGGAUCUGGGACCUGCGGGACCAGAGUGUCAUCAGGGACCUGCCGGGCCACCCGAAUGGGGCCAAGAGCAUUGCUGUCAAAGACCAGAACGUCUGGACAGGGGGUCUGGACACCUGUCUGCGGUGCUGGGACCUGAGGGCUGCCAGAGAGCCUCAGGAGUACCAGUUUGAGUCUCAGAUAAUGAGCCUGUCCCCUAGUCCCCAGGAGGACUGGGUGCUGGUGGGCACAGCCAAUGGCCAGCAGUGGCUGCAGCCCACCCGAGGGGGCCAGAAGCACAUGGUGGGGUGUAAGGACGGCACCAUCCUGGGUCUGAAGUUCUCCCCCCUCGGCCACUGGUGGGUGAGCGUCGGGACGGACGACCUGGUUGGCGUCUAUAGCAUGCCCGCGGGGGCCGUGGAGCUCCAGGUACCCGAGACCUCCUCCAUCCUGUGCUGUGAUGUGUCCCCCAACAACCGCUUGAUUGUCACGGGGUCCAGGGACCACGCCUCUGUGUACCAGGUCACCUACUGAGGGGCUUGGUACCAGUUGUCCUGACUCGGGAUCCUUUUUUUUUUUUUUUUUUUUGUCCCUUUCCCCCAGCAAGGUGGAGGCAUAAUGGUGGAGGGGUGUGGUGGGCGAGCCGGGUCUCUUCCGCAUUGCGCAAAGGGGCCGGCGAUCUUUGUCACAUGUAAUAAAGCAAUUGGAAAUAGCA